AUGGCGGAGGCCCAGCUGUUGCAGCGGCUGCAACACCCGAACAUAGUGACCUGCCACGAUGUGCGGUUUGAUUCUGCACGGAGGUGCGUAUGGUUGGCGUUGGAAUUCAUGGAUGGCGGCGAUCUUGGGAACAAGAUCAAGGGCCGCCGGAUGAACGGGCAGUCGCCCUUCGAUGGCUUCUUCCUCCAGCGCGUUCUUUCUGCAGUUGGGAGUGCCUUGAACUACAUCCACUCGCAAGGAGUGCUGCACCGAGAUGUGAAGCCACCAAACAUCCUGGCGGAUCGCAAAAUGAAGAAGGUGAAGCUGGCAGACUUCGGCAUCUCCAAGAUCCUCGAGGCCUCCGGCCACGCAGGCACUGUGCUGGGCACUCCGGCAUACAUGUCCCCCGAGCUGGUCUCGGGGAAGCCCUACGGCUCCGCCGCAGAUGCCUGGGCACUGGGUGCCUGUCUGUAUGAGCUGGCAGCACUUCAGCGGCCCUUUGAUGCAUCCAAUCAGCUGGCGCUGGUGUGGCAGAUCGUGCAGCAUGAGCCUCCGCCUCUGCCUCCAGACACGCCUGCAGAUUUGAGUUCCAUCAUCCGGGGGCUUUUGCACAAAGACCCGUUGCAGCGGCUGCGCCUGGAAGACCUGGGCCUGGACGCCGAACACUCCCAGGUUCAUUCUGACAGCUCACCCGGUUCGGCUUAUGCGCCCCCGCCAUGCCCCUCUUGGAGCGAGUGGUCGGGGGCUUUCGCUGUGCCGGAAACCGACCCCAGCCGCGCCAAGGUGCAGGUGGCAUCAGAUGAGAAGGUGCCAACCCCACCGGUCGCACCGUUGGACCCGAUGGCCUGUGAGCAAUUGGGAACCGAAGGCAGUGACUUGGAAGAAGUGGUCCUUGAAGACACGCCGAUCUCGCCAACAACUCCGCGAACGCGGACGGAAGGCAUGGGCACGGCCUUUGCGGAGCGGUCCCCGGCCACGCCCCGUCGGAACUGGCUGAGCCGUCUGGGCCGCGGCCUCCGCUAUGGAGUGUUGGGAGGCAAUGGCCGAGAGCAUACAGAACAGGCUCUCGUCUCGGCUUUCACGGAGGAACUCACCGAAUGA